CUUCGGUGAUCUCUCUCUCUUCAAAAUGAGGGUUUUCAACAAGACUUUUUGCAUGGUUAAACCAGCUGACCAAACAUGGUCCGGUAAGCUAGCCUUAUCAGAACUAGACCAAACCGGUCUCACCACUCAUGUCCCAACCAUAUACUUCUACAAACAGUCCCCUGAGGAUUGGCUCAUUGUCUUGCAAACCCUAAAAGCUUCACUCAGUUCUACCCUAGUUCACUUCUUCCCUUUAGCCGGCCGCCUAUCCUUCAUCACUAGAGGGCGUCUAGAGCUCGAUUGUAAUGGCACAGGAGUCCAGUUCCUCGAAGCUUAUGCGGACGCAAAUCUAGCGGAUUUGGAUAGUCUUUUACCUUCACCAGUUUAUCAUCAACUUAUUCCUUCAAUAGAUUAUCAAAACACGCCACUUGAAGAAAUACCAUUGCUUGUUUUACAAGUCACAAGGUUUGUUUGUGGAGGGUUUAGCCUCGGUUUAAGCAUAUCGCAUGCGGUUGCAGACGGGCAAAGCGCACUUCACUUUGUCUCCGAAUGGGCUAGGGUUUCGCGAGGCGAAUUGGUGGAAACACCACCUUAUCUUGAUCGAAAAGUGUUACGAGCGGGGGAUCCUCCAAGGACAUUAAAGAUGGUUAACCAUGAACAAUUUUGUCCUCCCCCGGUCCUUAUCGAUGGCGAAAACGAGCGAGAGAAUGAAACAACGGUCACAAUGUUGAAACUAACCGCAACCCAAGUUGAGAAACUAAGAAACAAAGCUAACCAAAUACAAAAAAGCGAGGUGAGCCGUGGUUUUACUCGGUACGAAGCUAUAACCGCGCACAUAUGGAGAACAUCAUGCAAAGCGCGUAAACACAAACCCGAACAACCAACCGCAUUAGCCUUUUGUGUCGAUAUUCGAAACAAAAUGAGGCCUCCAUUGCCACAAAAAUACUUUGGGAACGCUAUAGUAAACAUGAUUGCCACCGGAUGCUCGGGUGAGAUAGUUUCAAACCCUUUAGGAUUCGUUUCGAGUAAAAUAAGGGACGCGAUUAAGAACGUCGAUGAUGAGUAUGUGAACUCGGUUAUCGACUUUUUGAAGAAUCAAGACGACUUAUCACGGUUUCGAGAGUUGAUACCAACAAGUGGUGAUGAGGGACAUUUUUAUGGAAAUCCAAAUGUAGGGGUGAUAAGUUGGUUAACGUUACCCCUUUAUGGUGCCGAUUUCGGGUGGGGGAAGGAGGUUCAUAUGGGUCCGGGAACACAUGAUUCCGAUGGUGAUUCUUUGAUUCUUCAUGGGAAAGAUGGGGAUGGAUCGUUGGUUGUAGCAUUGUGUUUGCAAGUGAGGCAUAUGGAGGAGUUUAAGAAGGUGUUUUAUCAAGAUAUUGAUAUGUAAUGAUGGGUUAAGUACUAUAAGAGGAAUAUAUAUAGAAGAUCUUGAAUAAAAGUUAUAAGAAAGUGAACAUUGUGGCUACCUAGGACGAAGUUAUAUGAUAACACUUGAGGUUAUAUGUGGAUGUUGCUCUUUCUAGUUGAUUCAUAGGUCUUCAUUUUUUAUUUAAAGUUUAUGUAAAAGUAAUAGAAGUUAUAUAUAA